AUGGAAGUGGCCAACAAUGUCACAGAGUUUAUAUUCCUGGGACUCUCUCAAGACCCUGGAGCUCAGCUGAUGCUCUUUGCCCUAUUCCUCCUCUUCUACCUGGUGAUCACGGUGGGGAACCUGCUCAUUCUGCUCACGGUGCUUGCUGACCCCCGGCUCCACACGCCCAUGUAUUUCUUCCUCAGCAACCUGUCCCUCGUGGACAUUGCCUAUUCCUCGGCCACAGCACCCAAGAUGAUGGCCGACUUCGUUUCUGAGAAGAAAACUAUCUCCUACGGGGGCUGUAUAGCUCAGAUGUUUACCUUUCACUUUUUCGGUUGUGCUGAGAUUUUUGUCUUGACUGUCAUGGCUUUUGACCGGUAUGCCGCCAUCUGCCAGCCUCUCCGCUACACUACCAUCAUGAGUGCCAAUGUCUGCAUCGUGCUGGCGUCGCUGUCCUGGUUGGGAGCCCUGGGUCACUCCUUUGUUCAGACGCUCCUGACCUUUCAGCUGCCCUUCUGCAAGGCUCAGGUCAUAGACCACUACUUUUGUGAUGUCCACCCAGUCCUGAAGCUCGCCUGUGCUGACACGACUCUGGUGAAUAUGUUGGUCGUUGCCAACAGUGGUCUCAUCUCUCUGGGGUGCUUCCUCAUCCUCCUGGCCUCCUACACUGUCAUUCUGUUUAGUCUUCGGAAACGAUCUGCAGAGAGCAGGCGCAAAGCUCUCUCUACCUGUGGGUCUCAUCUGACUGUAGUGACUUUCUUCUUUGUCCCUUGCAUCUUUAUUUAUCUCCGUCCAUCCACUACAUUCCCGCUGGAUAAGGCAGUGUCUGUGUUCUACACCACCAUCACCCCAAUGCUGAACCCUCUCAUCUACACGCUGAGGAACGAGGACGUAAAGAAUGCCAUGAAAAGACUGUGGGAUCGCAAGUUCUCCUUGAAGGAAAAGCAGAAGGGAUAG